AUGGGACCGAGAACACUCAUCAAAGUAACACUUGUCGGUUCAGGCAAUUGGGGCUCAGCAAUUUCCCUUAUCAUUGGGAAAAAUGUGCAGAAGUAUAAUGAUGUGUUUGAUCAGAAAAUACGCAUGUGGGUUUAUGAAGAGGUGAUCGAUGGGAUGAAACUUACUGAAGUUAUCAAUACACAACAUGAGAAUAUCAAAUAUUUACCAGGGAAAAAGCUUCCACCAAAUGUGGUGGCUAUACCGGACUUAUUGACAGCUUGCAAAGACAGUGAUAUACUUAUAUUUGUAAUCCCUCAUCAGUUUGUGGAAAAUGUUUGCCACCAGUUGAAAGGUCAUCUAAAAGAAGGUGUUCUUGUAGUUUCACUUAUAAAGGGUUUCAUGAUUCAGAAGAAGAAGGGUGGGAUUCGUUUGGUUACUGAAGAAAUUCGGGAAUUGUUGAAUGUUGAUACGGCUGUUCUGAUGGGUGCAAAUUUGGCUCCCGAAGUAGCAAAUGAAGAUUUUUGUGAGGCCACUAUUGGCUGUAAAGAUCAAGGGGAUAGAUGGUCUAUACUACAAAGAUUGUUUGAUACGGACAAUUUUAAAAUUGCUCUGACGGAAGAUGCAAAUACCGUUGAGUUGUGUGGUGGCCUCAAAAAUAUUGUGGCGUGUGCUGCAGGCUUUGCUGAUGGUCUUGGCUAUGGAAGUAAUACAAAAUCAGCUAUUAUUCGGCUGGGACUUAUGGAAAUUACUAUCUUUGUCGAACUGUUUUACCAUGGCUCGAAUAUUCGGACAUUUUUUGAAAGCUGUGGUGUGGCUGAUCUCAUAGCAACAUGUAGUGCCGGCAGAAACCGUAAAAUAUGCGAAGCUUUUGUUAAGACAGGAAAAUCAAUCAAAGAAUUGGAACAGGAGAUGUUGAAUGGACAAAGUGCUCAGGGUCCUUUGACAGCUGAAGAAGUCUAUCUUAUGUUAAAGAAACACAACAUGAUUUCAAGAUUUCCUCUAUUCUCGGCUGUACAUCAGAUAUGUCAAGGACAGAUUUCCCCAGAUCAUCUAGUAUUCCAUCUUCGUGAAUCUCAAAGCUCGAAUUGA